AUGUCGACCACACCGUGGGACUACAUCGCCAAACUCGUCUGCAUCGGCGACUCAGGAUGCGGCAAGUCCAGUCUUACCAUUCGGCUCUGCGAAGGUCGCUUUUCGCCUCAUCACGACGUCACCAUUGGCGUUGAAUUCGGCUCCCGUAUCGUCCCCGUCGGUCCUCCUCACUCAAAAGUCGGCGCCGUCAACUCCUCAGAUCCCGAUAACAAAGACCAAGAAGCCGAUGGUCUUCCUGAACCUCCUCGGGAUGACUCCAACACGCCCCAGAAGCAUAUGAAGCUUAGUCUUUGGGACACAGCUGGCCAGGAGACAUACAAGUCUGUCACUCGAUCUUACUUCCGAGGCGCAAGCGGUGCCUUGCUUGUCUUCGACCUGUCUCGAAAGCAAACCUUCCAGCAUGUUACAGACUGGCUCAACGACCUACGACAGAUCGCCGAGCCUGAUAUUGUGGUUAUCCUGGUUGGUAACAAAGCAGAUCUGACACAACAGGAGGAUAACAAGCGUGAGGUCACACGCGGGGAGGCAGAGGAGUGGGCCAAGCGUAACGGGGUUAUGGAAUACGUCGAGACAAGCGCAAAGAGCGGCGAGAAUGUCGAAAAGGCUUUCAUGCGGGUAGCAGAGAGGAUAUACAAUAACAUCCAGGCGGGCAAGUACGAUCUCAAUGACAGAAGAUCUGGAGUCAAGGGUGCAGGAGCUGGUGGAAACCGCCAAGUCAAGCUAUCUGGAGAUGCCAACAAGUCAGCGGGAGGUGGCUGUUGUUAG